GGCAGCACACGCAGUGGGAAUGCUGGGCUGGAUGGGGGCUAGCAAAGCCAGGCUGGGGGUUUAAACCCAGAGUGAGAACUGGGACCCUCAGGACUGCCAGUCCAGGUACCCCUAGUCCCCUGCUCCCUCCCAGCCAGAGGUGCUCAGCUCCCUUUCUCUCACUAGGCCAUGUCUCCAAUCAUUGCUCUCAUCCUGGCCAUGUUAGUUACCCCCAGUGGGCUGAAGGUGGACAUAAAAACUCAUAAGGAUGUGGCCAAGCAGAUGCAGGAGCGUGAGGAAUUUUUGCAUCGGGAGAUGAGUCGGCUCCUACAGGAAAUUGAGGAGAACAAUUCCACGAUGAAAAGCCUGUUCCUUUCCGCACAGCAGCUGCCAUGGCUUACUUGGCUCACUGAGGCUGUUCUGCUGUCUGUGGCCUUCUGGCUGGUCAGGAGAUGGAAGUGGCGCUCUGCCAGCAGCAGGAGGCAGGAGGGAUCCAGCAGCAAGGAGAAUGGCAACAGUGAGGAGAAGGCUGGCAGCAAGGAGGACCCACUCAGCACGAAGGUGCUGAAGGAGCUGUUGGACGAGCUCCUCAGUGUCUGCCGAGUGCUGUCCCGGAGGAGCUUCAUGCCAGAGCUGCACCCAGCCACCGGGACAGGCACCAGCUCUGAAGCCUGGAGCAUCCAGGAGAACAGCAGCACCUACUGCCCUCUGGUCAUCCUGCGGCCACCCCUCGGCCACUCCUUCAGCCCGGAGAGCACAGAGCAGCCGCCAGCCAGGCGCAUCCGUGUGGUGCUGGAGUGCCUGUGCUCAGGGGAGCAGCUGCUGGGGCAGAUGUGCUUUCUCCACACCUCUGGUGGCCAGCUGCCCAGGGAUCAGGAGUGGUACCUGCUGGACACCCUCUGCACAGGCUUGUUGUAGUUUAGGGCAUAAGCACUGCGGAAGAAUUCGGGAUGUAACAGAAAGCCAGCAACCCACCCCCCUCUCUAGGAUAGUAAAGCCUCCUGCAAUUAGCCAAUAGCACCCCAGGUGUGACGAAGGCAAAUGGGAGUAACACAAUGACCCUAGGUUAUAAAAUGUUAAAUUCCCCUGCAAUAAACACCAUAUUUGCCAUCCA